AUGGACUCCCAAUCCUCGCUACUUCGGGUGUUGAUAGUAGGAACUGGAUCUGCGGGGCUACUAUUUGCCCAUGCUCUGAAGAAAGUUGGAAUUGCCUACACUGUGUUUGAGCGAGACACAAGCUUGUACCAACGACCUCGAGAUUGGAACUUUAGCAUCCACUGGGGGCAGAAUGGGCUCAAAAGCUGUCUACCUGAGCAUCUUCAUCCUUUGAUAAAGGCCGUGCAAACUGAUCCGAGUUAUGACAACAAUGAGAACAAUAGUAUGCCAAUUUAUAAUGGUCAGACAGGAGAAUUGUUGAACCCUAAUCCGGUUCCCUUCGCUUGGCGAGUCCAGAGGAGAAAGUGGCUCGCGAUGUUGCAGGAUGGUCUUGAUAUCAAGUGGGGUAAACGACUUCAGCAUAUUGAAACCUCAAACAAUAUCGUAACAAUUACCUUCGAAGACGGUACAAAAGAAAGCGGCAAUCUUCUAGUCGGUGCUGAAGGUGCACAUUCGCUCACUCGCGAAUACCUUCUAGGUCCGAAAGAGGCAGCGCUGCUGCCAGCUCCAAUCGUCUCCAGUAUCACAAUUUCCAGGGUUAGCAGAGAAGCCGCCCUCGCCCUCCGCGCCUUGAACCGAAAUCACGUAAUUACUCUCCACCCAGAAUCACUCUUCACCUGGACGGGCGUCCAUGAUGCCUCAUCCGAGGAUCCUGCAGAAUGGACAUUCAUGUUGAUCCAAUCAUGGCGAUCAGACGAGCCGACAGGUCUCGAAGGCGACGACGCUAUCCUGCAAGAUAUGUACAUGCGCGGAAAGAAAUAUGCUUAUCCAUGGAACGAAGUCUUCACGAGCAUUCCUCUUGGUACAAAAGUGUGGCAUAACAGACUCUCAACCUGGUCGCCCAAAGCAUGGGAUGGAGCCGGUCUUGUCACCAUAGCUGGCGAUGCUGCACAUCCGAUCACUUUCCAUCGUGGACAAGGCGUCAAUAACGCCAUCGCUGAUGCAGCAGACUUCCUCAUCCACCUGCAAACCAUGAAAGAGCACACACCUGAAGAGCUCAUCGCUGCCGUCAAGAAAUACGAUGAAGCGCUCGUGCCGAGAGGCAGGGAGGCCGUUCUAGCUGCGUAUAAUAACUCGAUGCUGGUUCACGAUUGGGAGACUGCGAUGCAGUCGCCGCUUUUCACCAAAGGUUUGUCGAAGUAUCAGCUGGAGGAAGAAGAUAUUGCGGCUAUUAAGAUUGUUGAUGUUGCUGGGCCUGCUGCUGAGAAUGUUUUUGCUGAGGCUGAUGAGACUCGCUCUGUCCCUGAGAUUGAGAUUCAGGGUUGA